GUAGAUGCAAACUGAAUCGCAUCGAAUCUUCCACCCAGACGUAAAAACCAGCCGGAGUAUCUCACAUCAAGCCCUUCCAUCCGUCCGUAUAUUCUACGUGAUAGUGAACUACUACGUCUCUUGAUUUUCACCACACCAGUCUCUCUUGAAUAUUACCACAGUUACGAGCAGACCCGCAUCAGUAACUCAUCAUGGGUUCCGUCGUAUUGCCGCACCUGCGCACCGCCUGGCACGUCGACCAGGCCAUCCUGUCUGAGGAAGACCGUCUUGUGGUCAUCCGAUUCGGCCGCGACCACGACGUCGACUGCAUGCGCCAAGAUGAAGUCCUUUUCAAGAUUGCCGAGCGCGUGAAGAACUUCGCCGUGAUUUACCUCUGCGAUAUCGACGAGGUCCCUGAGUUCAACACCAUGUACGAACUCUUCGACCCGAUGACCAUCAUGUUCUUCUAUCGGAAUAAGCAUAUGAUGUGCGAUUUCGGUACCGGUAACAACAACAAGUUGAACUGGGUGCUAGAGGACAAACAGGAGAUGAUUGAUAUCAUCGAAACGAUCUACAAGGGCGCCAAGAAGGGUCGCGGUUUAGUGGUUAGUCCGAAGGAUUACUCGACGAGAUAUCGGUACUGAGCUGGCAGUUUGGGUUUGG